UCUAACUUCAACUUCAGUGUCAGCAAUUCAACAUUGUUUAUUUAUUUGAUGGUAAAAGCAGCGCUAUUUAGGUUUGGGGAUAAAAGCAAUUAUUCAUUCUUACAAACUUAAGGAAUUUGAGGUUAUGUUUUGUAAUGCAAGCAAAAAUAGUCCGUGAGAAGACAUCCGAAUUCCUGCAUAGUAAUGCUAUUAAGAUUGAAAUUCCUGAAAAAGGAGAUAAGACAGUUAUGCAUACAGAUAUUAGACUUGAAACAAGCAAUGGUGAAGUGAAAAGUGAGUCCAAAGAAGAAUUCCUUCCAUAUGAAAGAAAAUAUUUUGCUUUACUUCAUAGAUGUGAACUUGUGAAACAGAGUAAUGAAAGACUUGUUAAUAGAAUAUACUAUGUGAAAAAGCUACUUCGCAGAAGAAAGAAAGAACGAAAGUUUUUAAUGGACCGUUUAGAUAGUUAUGGUGAUGAUUACAUGAGUGUAGCACAAUCUUUAUUUUCUGAAAUGGUUGGCGAUAGUAGUCCCACUAGAACACCUCAGCAAAGUAUCAAGUCUGAAAAUCCAUCUUCAUCUUUUCUAGUGCAAGUAAAAAGUGAACUUGACUCAUGAAAUUAAAAUUUUAUUUUUGCAUUUAUGUUUAUUUUUCGUCCAACAGGAAUAAAUCAUAUAUCAUAUCUUUGUAUCAUCUUGUAAAUAAAGUUCUUAUUUUUGGAUUUUUAA